AUGUUGGCUAAGGUUACAGACUUACAGUUUGCUGCUGUGGUAUUACCCUCACUUAUUGUCAGUACAGUUUUUGCAUAUGGACAAACUAACAGUGGAAAAACCCAUACAAUGAGGGGUUCGGCUGCUGAACCAGGGGUCAUUCCGCUUGCCGUGCAUGAUUUAUUUGACAUAAUACAACAGGAUGUGGAUAGAGAGUUUCUUCUUCGAAUGUCUUAUAUGGAAAUAUAUAAUGAAGAAAUAAAUGAUUUGUUAGCACCCGAGCAUCGAAAAUUACAGAUUCAUGAAAGCAUAGAGAGGGGAAUAUAUGUUGCUGGCUUACGAGAAGAGAUUGUUGCCUCUCCUCAACAAGUACUUGACUUGAUGGAGUUUGGAGAAUCUCACAGGCAUAUUGGUGAGACAAAUAUGAAUUUACACAGUAGUCGAUCACAUACUAUUUUCCGCAUGAUCAUUGAGAGCCGGGAUAGAACUGAAGAUGGAGAUGGAGAUACAGUUAGUUCUUGUGAUGCUGUUCGAGUAUCAGUUUUGAAUUUAGUAGAUCUUGCAGGAUCAGAACGUGCUGCUAAAACUGGUGCAGAAGGUGUUCGACUAAAGGAAGGUUCCCAUAUCAACAAAAGUUUGAUGACAUUGGGAACUGUUAUUAAAAAAUUGAGUGAAGGUGCUGAAAGUCAAGGGGGUCAUGUUCCAUAUCGAGAUAGCAAACUUACACGUAUAUUGCAACCUGCUUUGGGAGGAAAUGCAAAUACAGCUAUAAUAUGCAAUAUAACACUUGCACAGAUUCAUGCAGACGAGACUAAAAGCAGUCUUCAGUUUGCAAGCAGGGCAUUGCGUGUUACAAAUUGUGCUCGUGUGAAUGAGAUUUUGACUGAUGCUGCUCUGCUAAAGCGUCAAAAGAAAGAGAUAGAGGAGCUUCGAGCCAAAUUGCAGGGUUCUCGUUCAGAACAUUUGGAAGAAGAGAUUCUCAAUUUGCGAAACACAUUAUUGCAGUCUGAACUUGAGAGAGAGCGGAUAGCUUUGGAAUUAGAGGAGGAAAAGAAAACACAAGUAGAACGUGAAAGGGUGUUGCAAGAGCAAGCUAAGAAAAUAAAAAACUUGAGCUCAAUGGUCUUGUACUCAAGUAGAGAUGAGAGUCGAGAUCAGGUUAAAAAGGGAAAGAGGCGAGAUACAUGGUGCCCUGGGAAUCUUGCUAGGGAGGCUCUUAAGGAGGCCUACCCAAGUGUUCAAUCAAACUCAUCUGCAAUUAAACCGAUUCAAUCUAAGCGUUCUAUAGGGCCACUUCUUGCUUUUGAGGAGUUGGUGAAUGAAAAUGGAACUGAAGAUGACUGGACAUGCAAGCAAGAUGAAGAUUGUAAGGCUACUUUCCUGGAAGAUUGUACUCUUCCUGAGCCGUGCGCUUUACUGCACGUGACCAACAGGAGAAAAGUACCACCAAGAAAGAAAAGCUCCUUUGUGGAUGACAGUGAACUACAGGAACUGCAAGCAGAAUAUGAGGAUUUGCUUUUAAAAUUUGAAACUCAGAGAACAAUGAGUGAUAUACAAAUUGAUUGCUUAAUGAGAAAGAUGGUUGAGGUUGAUUCCCUUGACAAUAUAAAACAUAGCGAGUCUAAUGACCUUUCUUCAUUUCAUGCGAACAAAACAAAUUAUGCUGACAAGAAUAUUGGUUUGAGGGAAUUUGAAGCUAUCCUUGUGAUCAAACAACUCCAAGAGAAGAUUAAGAUACUGGAAACAGAAAAGUCUUCAAGCCAAGAAAAUCUGAAUUCUCUUGUCGAAAUUGCCACGGAGCAAAAUAUAUGUGCAAGGGAGAAGUUUGAUGAGCUUUGUGAUGAGCUUCUUACUGCACGGGAGGAGGCUAGAGUGGCUCGUGAAAAACUUGCUUACAGUGAAUCUGGGGAAAGAAAGAAUGGGGAUUGUGAUUUUGCAAUUGAGCUUUCAAAGGAAGUAGAAGAUCUGAUUUCUGAAGCUCAAGAAUCGAAAGACGUAGCUCAAAAGCUUUCAUCCCUUGUGGACGAGGCUUUUCAGAGUUUUUCUGCUAUAAUUAAGGAAUUUGUUGAUUUCAAGGAUAUGAUGUGUCAGAGUUCUGCACAACAAAAAAUAAUUUUUGCUAACACCAAGGAAUUACACAGUUCUCUGAGGCAAAGGACUUUGAAGCUCGAAAAUGAUAAGCUUCUCUUGCACAACCAAUCUAUCGAUCUGCAGAAGCAAGUGCAGGAAUUAAGUGAAAAUGCUAAAAAUCAUGAAGCAUCCUUAACAGCACUCUCUGAAAGGCAUGACAUGGAAAAAUUGGAGUAUCUUUCUCAUAUUCAGAGUCUCGACAAGGAAAUAUCAUAUUUUUCAUCAGGUUCCAUGGCAAGAGAAAAUCAGAGUUUGAGAAAAGAUCUUGAAAAAACAAAAAUGAAGUUGAAAGACAUUGAAUCAAAGCUUAAGAAUACCAUCCAGGAGAAGACAAAACUUGAGGGGGAGAAAGCAGUUGCUGAACGAGAGAUCAAGCGAUUGCUUGGUCAAAAGACUCUUCUUGAGCGCGACAUCAACAAGCGCGAUUCACUAGCUGGUAGAAAACGUGAUUCUAAUUUUGAUAGGAAUGCAAAGAUGUUUGAUCCAAUAAAGGCAAAAGCUCUUGAGCAGACAAUGCAGGAGGAUUAUAAAAAGCUGGAGGUUCUUGCUUUUGAAAUGGAGACAACUAUAGCUUCCUUGGAAGAGGAAUUAGCAGCUGCGCACAGGGACAGGGAAGAGGCUAUAUCCAGAAGUGAAGAUUUGACCAUAGAAUUUGAGGCCCUAACUAAAAAAUUGGAUAAAUCAAGCUCAGAAUUAAAUUCUCUGCGAGAAGAAUUCUCUGGCCUUAAGCUUUGUUUGGAACAAUCAAAUUCUAACCAGCAAGGAAUGGAAACCUCCAUUAAGAGUUUGCUUGCCGAAAAGGAGGAGUUGGCAAUGGUAGUCUAAUAUACUGUUGGUUACAAAGAAAACUUAGUAUUUUCUUGUUAAUUUUGCCUUUGGUAGUCUAGUUGUGUUCAUUGGACUGUGCGUUUGAUCUUGCAGCAACUCACUAAUUCAUUAUUGGAAAUGGAGGAAGAAAGGGCAAUACAGUGUGCUAAAGAAAAUGCUUCAAUUGAAGCCAUAGAAGAGAAAAAAAAGUUAUACAAUUCUGAGAUAAA